AUGCCCUUCGUCCAAGCAAACAGCCACCGCCUCAACUAUGCCGACUCCCACCCCGCAGGUCCUCCAACCCCAACAGGCCUAACCUUCAUCUUCAUCCACGGCCUCGGCUCCUCGCAAAACUACUACUACCCCGUAAUUCCACAUCUAACAGACUCCCACCGCUGCAUCACAAUCGACACAUACGGCUCUGCCCGCUCUCCCUACACAAAUGAUGACGUCUCAAUCCCACACAUAGCAGAAGAUGUCAUUGGCGUCCUGGAUGCCUUGAGAGUACGCAAGGCCGUGGCCGUCGGCCAUUCCAUGGGUGGUCUCGUGGUAAUUGAGCUUGGCGCGCGGUAUCCGGAUCGUAUGCAGGGCGUUGUGGCCAUUGGACCCACGCAUCCGUCGGAUAUGCUCGUGACCGUCAUGAGUAAGAGGUCGGAGACAGUUCUCGAAUCUGGGAUGGAAUCAAUGGCAAACACAAUCCCCUUCGGAGCUGUAGGCUCGCGCAGCACGCCCCUCCACAAGGCUUUUAUUCGGGAACUGAUCUCCGGUCAGGAUCCUAAGGGCUAUGCGGCGCUUUGUCGGGCUAUUGCUAGUGCGAAGCCGGCUGAUUAUGCUGCUGUUAAGGCGCCUUUCUUGCUUAUUGCGGGCGAGGAGGAUAAGUCUGCUUCUAUGGAGGGGUGUCAGUAUAUCUUUGAUCAUGUUUCGAGUGAGAAGAAGUUUUUGGAGGUUCUUAAGGGGGUGGGACAUUGGCAUUGUAUUGAGGCUGCUGAUGAGGUUGGAGGGUUGAUUGCUAAGUUUGCGGGUGUUGCUAGGACUUAG